UUUUGGUUGACAGGAACGCGACAUGCUGCGCUGCGUCCGAGCUCUCACGCAACGCCAGCCCGCUGUGCGAUUGACGCGCGGGUUCGCAGCUCCUGCCAAGGCCCCUGCCAAGGCCAAGGAUAAGAAGGGCGCCGCGCCCAAGGUCGUGGAUGAAGUUGUGGAUGUUACGAAAUACGCUCCUGUCAACAUCCUCAAGGACGGCACGCACCCUGAACUGAAACCCCGCGAGGAGUACCCUGAAUGGUUGUUCACGCUGUUGGACCCGAAGCCAACGUUGGGUGAACUUGAACGCAAAGGCUACGACAACCUCGAAACGAUGGAAGACAAGCGACGACUGAUCAAGCUGUCGUAUCGAAAAGCUAUCAAGGAAAAGAACAACUCCAAGUCCAAGAAAUAGAUCUGUAUAGGAACAAAAAAAAUGUAAACGACAAUGGAAACCAUGCUACUUGUCCA